CGUUUCCUCGAUCAAGUGAUGAGUAAAGGAAAAACUUAAUCAACACAGAGAGAAAUAAAGAAAGAAAUGGAGGUAAUAAAAACCAAAAAAUAUGGAGGUCAUAUUUUGGCUCUUCCUUAUCCAAGCCAAGGCCAUAUAAACCCUAUGCUUCAAUUCUGUAAACGUUUAGUCUCCAAAGGUCUAAAAACCACUUUAGCCAUCACAAACUUCAUUUCUAGUUCCACACGUCCAAAUUCGGGUAUCGUCGGUAUAGACACCGUCUCCGAUGGGUUCGAUAAAGGCGGCUACGCUGAUGCUGACAGCAUAGCCGCCUACCUCGAACGUUUCGAGCAGAUAGGCUCGAAAUCCCUAGCGGAUCUUAUCAAGAAAUAUGAAAAAUCGGAGUUUCCUAUUACUUGCAUCAUGUAUGAUGCUUUCAUGCCAUGGGCUUUAGACGUAGCUAAAAAGUAUGGUUUAAUUGGGGCAUGUUUUUUUACUCAAGCAUGUGCGGUGAACUAUAUUUACUAUUAUAUUCAUCAUGGUAAAUUAACGUUACCGAUAUCUUCGACUAACGUGAAAAUAUCGGGAUUAUCAGAGCUCGAACUUCGAGAUAUGCCUUCGUUUAUUUACGUACAUGGAACGUAUCCAGCCUAUUUUGAAAUGGUGUUGAAUCAAUUUACUAAUGUGGACAAAGCUGAUUAUGUAUUUGUGAACUCAUUCUACAAGUUGGAAGCUGAGGUAGCAGACACAAUGUCAAAAAUCAGCCCAUUAUCAACCAUAGGGCCAACACUACCAUCGUUCUAUAUGGACAAUAGAGUUGAAAAUGACAUUGAGUAUGGUCUCAAUCUAUUCCAUGUGGAUUCUUCAACAUGUAUCAACUGGUUAAAUACUAAGCCAGAAGGAUCAGUUGUUUAUGCAGCUUUUGGUAGCAUGUCUACUUUUGAUGACAAACAAAUGGAAGAAAUUGCUGAGGGAUUAAAAGCAAGUAGUAGCUACUUCUUGUGGGUGGUUAAAAUUUCCGAACAAUCGAAAAUUCCCAAAAAAAUCAUCAAUGAAAAUUCUGAGAAAGGACUAAUAAUAAACUGGAGUCCACAACUACAAGUGUUGUCUAAUAAGGCAAUUGGUUGUUUUUUCUCACAUGGUGGAUGGAAUUCGACGGUUGAAGCAUUGAGCUUUGGAGUGCCAAUGGUGGUAAUGCCACAAUGGACUGAUCAAACAACAAAUGCAAAAUUUGUGCAAGAUGUUUGGAGUGUAGGAGUGAGAGUUAAAGUUAAUGAAAAUGGGAUUGUUGGAAGAGAAGAAAUUGAGGAAUGUGUGAGGACAGUGUUACAAGGAGAGGAAGGGAAAGAAAUGAAGAAAAAUGCACUCAAAUGGAAGGAUUUGGCUAAAGAAGCUGUUCAAGAAGGUGGAACAUCUGAUAAAAAUGUUGAAGAUUUUGUUUCAAAAUGCAUUAAACAAUUUGUUGAUUAGUGAUUUAAUCAUUGCAUUCUAGUUUUGGGUUAGAAAACAAGGUGAAGAUCCAAAUAUUUUUAUUAAGUAUAUGGUUUCUCUAUGACAUGCCUAGCAUAUUCUGUGUAGUUAGCAAUGCAUGUUGUAUAACCUCAGAAGUUUAUGUACUAAGCAUGAGAAUGAUUCAACAAGUU